GUCUCUGUCUGUCUGUCUGUCUGUCUGUCUGUCUCUCUCUCUCUCUCUGCACCCAUGUCUGGACACAGGUUUUCAGGCCUCAGUGUAAAUCUCUCUCUUGGCACGGUCAGUGCUGAAUCGUGGGAUAAUGAACAAAGAGCGUCUGGUCCAAAAUGACACCUAAUGAAAUACCUCUGCAGGGGCAUUAAACAGGGGCAGGAGUUUAGGAGGGGUGUUGAUUUGAGAGAAUGUUUUGGCACAUUUUCCUUCGCCGCCCUGUGGACACAUAGCAGCCUGUUCCACCCGGAUUACGAGUGAGUUCCUAACACAGAGACGGGUUUUGGGAAAGUUUCCAGCUCUGGUGCUUGUGUAUAUAUUCAGCGUCCAUGCCACUGGAACGCGACAGACCACAACCCGGAGCUGCUCAUCACACCUUGCCUGGUCACUAUGGCAACCGAGCCCCAGAACCCUGCAACCAAACAACCAAAUCCUGCAUCCAGCACUUUCAAGCUGAUCGUCUAUGAACAGGAGAACUUCCAGGGUCGCUGCCAUGAGCUGACUGGACCCUGUAACAACCUACAGGAGGCGGGAGUAGAGAAAGUGGGCUCCAUACUGGUGCUGUGUGGACCGUGGGUGGGGUACGAGCAGCCCGGCUGUAAGGGUGAGCAGUACGUGCUGGAGAAGGGUGAGUAUCCUCGCUGGGACGCCUGGACCAACAGCCGGCGCAGUGAUUGCAUCUUUGCUUUCCGCCCCAUCAAAGUGGACAGCCAGGAGCACAAGAUCGUGCUGUACGAGAAUCCCAAAUUCGCAGGCAAGAAGAUCGAGAUCAUAGAUGAUGAUGUGCCGAGUUUCCACGCUCACGGAUACCAGGAGAAGGUUUCUUCAGUCCGAGUGCAGAGCGGCACCUGGGUGGCGUAUCAGUACCCGGGGUACAGAGGCUAUCAGUACCUGUUUGAGAAGGGCGAGUACAAGGAGAACUUGGAGUUCGGGGCUCAGGUGCCUCAGAUCCAGUCGGUGAGACGCAUCCGAGACAUGCAGUGGCACCAGAGAGGAGCUUUCCACACCUCCACCUGAGCUUCCUCUCCUGUCCUUCUCUCUCUCAUGAAGAUGAAGAUGAUGAUAAUUCCUUUGAUGACUGAACGUGUCAG